CAUAGACUUGAGGGCAAAAAAAAAAAAAAAAGAAGAGAGGUUAUAGAGAAGAAAAAGGGAGAAUUUUGCCAUGGCAUUAGCCAUGGAGACAGAAGAAGAAGAAGAAGAAGAGAUGAUUGAACUUGGGAAUUUAUCAAAUUAUAUUGUUGAAUCAAUUUUCUCAAAAAUUCCCUUAAAAUCUCUUACACAAUUGAAAACUGUCUCCAAAACAUGGCGAAAUUCGAUCACAAAUAUUCGACAUUGUUACCCUCCUACAACCUCUAGUGGUUUAGUCCUCUUUCUCAAACACAGGGAUUUUCAAGAAUCGAUUUUCAUGAAGUUAUACGAUCAGAAAGGAUGGCAAAAGCUCUCGCCAUGCAUGGGUUCUAGCGAAAAAUUUUGUUGUUACACUUCCUGUUUCUCACAAUGUCAUACGUCCAGCUUGUUCUAGUCUUGUUUUUGAUGGUUCUUCAAAUCAUGUGUUUCUUCUGAGAGGAAGUUGAUGUGGAUUCUCAGUUGAUGAAUUGCAUGAUGUUUUCGUCGAAUUUGUGGAGUUGGAGGGAAGAUAAGUUGAGGAUUAUGAAUUCUGAGCUUCUUUUAUUAGAUGGAUUUUCACGAGGACAAUGUUGCAACACAAGUGUUUUUGUUAUGCAAAAAUUGUAUUGGAUAUGGAGUUUGUGUUUGUUAGUAUAUGACAUUGAUGAAGAGUACUUUACGCUGUUUCCAUUACCAAAUAACAGUUCAAGAAAAUCAAGAAAAGGUGUUUACUCUCAGAUGUUAUGGGAAAUCAUCAGAAGGGUUGGUACAAUUUUGUGAUCCAGUAAACAAUGGAUUUUUCAUAUGGAGUUUCAAUGGAG